GUGUUGCUGUUGUUAAGCCACUUUCUUACCGUAAGAGGGAGUUGGGACCCAGCGCUUUCCAGUUAAACACACGACCAAACUUGGCUCACGGCAAUAAAAGGCAGCUCGGCGCGCUCUUGCCUCCUCUGUGGCAUCUCUUCCUUUGACCACCUUGGAUACUGCUUUUUUUUGGAAACUAUCCUCAUUGAAUAUCAUGUGGACCAUCCAGCUGUUUCCACUUGGGCUCGUUUUCCUUCACUCCCUCAUCACCAUCCCUUUCGCAGAGAGCAAAGGGAAAAGAAAUGCCCUUCAUGAUUACAGAAAAACAUCUGAUACCUUACUAGUGGGGACAGACAAGGUGCUGAAAGUGAAAACUAAGCUGCUAAACUCCACAGAGCAGUGUGCCAAGAGAUGCAACAGAAGCAAAGGUCUUCCAUUUGCCUGCAAGGCUUUUGUCUUUGAUAAACCUACCAAACGUUGUCGUUGGUUGUCUUUCACUAGUCUUGACAGUGGAAUAGUAAGGAGGCAUAAUAACACAUUUGAUCUUUAUGAAAAGAAAGAUUAUGUCAGAAAUUGUAUUGUUGGCAAAGGAGCAAAUUAUAAAGGAACUCUAUCAGUCACCAAAAGUGGAAUCCGGUGCCAAGCAUGGAAUUCCACAAUCCCUCAUGAGCAUAACUUUUUGCCUUCGAGCUAUCGAGGUAAAGAUCUUCGAGGAAACUUCUGCCGGAACCCAAAAGGGGAAGAAGAUGGGCCCUGGUGUUUUACAAGCAAUCCAGAAAAACGCUAUGAAGUCUGUGACAUACCCCUUUGUUCUGAAGCUGAAUGCAUGACAUGCAAUGGGGAAAGCUAUAGAGGCCUAAUGGACCACACAGAAACUGGCAAAGAAUGUCAGCGCUGGGACCUUCAAAGACCACAUAGGCACCCAUUUCGUCCAGAGAAAUAUCCUGACAAAGGCUUUGAUGAUAAUUAUUGCCGCAAUCCGGAUGGUAAGCCAAGGCCGUGGUGUUAUACUCUUGACCCCAAUACCCCAUGGGAGUAUUGCAACAUUAAACCAUGUGAUCAGCGCAUAGAAAACAACUCUGUAUCACUGACUGAAACAACUGACUGCAUCAGAGGACAAGGGGAGGGAUACCGUGGUACUGUGAGCACCAUAUGGAGUGGUAUUGAAUGCCAACGAUGGGACUCACAGAUGCCUCAUCAACACAACUUCACAGAAGAGAACUUUAAAUGCAAGGACUUAAGAGAGAACUACUGCCGAAAUCCAGAUGGAGAGGAGGCACCCUGGUGUUUUACUACCAAUCCUAAAUUACGAAUUGGUUAUUGCUCUCAUAUACCCAAAUGUGAUGUGCCAAAUGAGCAAGAUUGCUACCGAGGAAAUGGGGUGAAUUAUAUGGGAAAUGUAGCCCGCACCCGGUUUGGCUUAACUUGCUCUCCGUGGGAUCAAAACAUACAAGAUUUGAAGAGGCACCUGCCAUUGGAAAAAGACCUAGAUAUUAGCAAGCUAAAGAAAAACUAUUGUCGCAAUCCAGACCAAAAUGCUCAUGGUCCCUGGUGCUACACAAAUGAUCGUCAGGUCCCCUGGGAUUAUUGCCCCAUACCUCGAUGUGAAGAUGAUACAGUUCCUAUGAUGACCAAUAUAGAUCCAAUUAUCAUUCCUUGUAUCUCAACGAAACAACCAAGAGUCGUUAAUGGAAUUCCAACUCAACCUGACAAAGGAUGGAUGGUUAGUUUGAAAGACAGCAGAGGCAGACAUUUCUGUGGUGGUUCAUUGGUACAAGACAACUGGAUCCUAACAGCAAAGCAGUGUUUUCCUUCUCGGUAUAACCUCAAUGAUUAUCAAGCUUGGCUUGGAAUUCAUAAUGUUGAAAGAGCCCAUGAAGAGGAGCAUAAACAAGUUCUGAAUAUCUCCCAGCUGGUGUAUGGCCCUCAAGGAUCUGAUCUAGUAUUGCUGAAGCUUUCCAGACCUGCAGUGAUCAGUGAGGCUGUGGCUACCAUAAGGUUGCCCAUUACUGGAUGUACCAUUCCAGAAGGCACCACCUGCACUGUAUAUGGAUGGGGACAUACAGGACGUGCCACCUUUGAUGGGAGACUCCAAGAAGCAAAUAUGAUUAUUGUGGGAAACGAGCGCUGCAAUCAAGAUUUGGGAGGCAAUGUAGUUGUGAAAGAGUCAGAAAUGUGUGCUCGAGCUGAGAGUAUUGGCAGUGGAACUUGUGAGCGAGAUUAUGGUGGUCCACUGGUCUGUGAACAGAACCGAAUUAAAAUAGUAGUGGGAGUGAUUAUUCCUGGACGUGGAUGUGCAAUUCCCAGGCGGCCUGGAAUUUUUGUCAGGGUGGCCUUCUAUUCAAAGUGGAUACAUAAAAUCUUAGUGACUUACAAAUCAUAGCUGAACAUUCCAGCCAAGUGAGCAAAUUUCAGCCAUGGGAAUAUUUUGGAAAGUAUGAAAUUGAAUUGCAAUAAGAAGAUCCUUAACUUUUUAAAGGAAAACACAACUUGAUAGUUGUGUUUUGCAGAUAUUUAUGGAGACUGCCAUCAUGUUCUGUGUCUUAGUUGCAUUACAUGAAGUGAACUGUGGUAUAAGCAAAUGCGGUGACCUAUUUCCUGAAGAUACUUGAAUGGAAAACAACAUUGCAAAUUUGAUUACUGGAUGACUAUACAAUUUGUGGAAUUAGAACGUCCAAUUUCUUAUCUGCUGCUGGUUAGGUCAGCUUGUUGAUGAGACACAAAUACAA